GUAACUAGUCACAUUUAUUUAUAAUGGAAGAAGAUGCACAUUUCGAGCAAUUGUGUAAAGAUGUGUACGGGUAUUACGGAAAUAUACGCGACACACCGCCCAAUCAGCUCGCCCUAAUCAUGUUGAGGUCAAUGGGCGAGCACUGGACCCUUGAAGAAGUAGAUUAUGUGCUAACUAAUAGAAAUGAUGACAAUAAGUACCUCAGCUUUCUAGAAUUCAGGCGGCUUGCCAAGUCGAAAUGGUUCAGGCCCUCCGGCAAGAACGACAAGCUUAUAGUCAGUGGAGGUUACGAAGUGCCCCUAAAUAUGCCAAUAGAAGAUGUAAAGGAACUCGAAUCCGCAUUUAACAGGAUAUCGGACUUUUACUCUCCGAAACAAACACCCAGGAAAACUGUGGAGCUAGAUGCACUUUAUAGUAUACUAACAGGGGUUGGAGAUAAAAUGCCAAAAAACAUCGCCAAACAGGUACUCUCGGACCUGCACGUAUACGAAAACAAAGUCUCACUUAGAGCAUUAUUAUGUCUAUUAGGAAGCAAAACAUAAUUGAUAUUUUACA